AUGGGUGCUGUGGUGCAUGAAGUGCAAAGAUUCAUUGACCUCGUACCUCUCAACAUACCCCAUGCAGUGAACCGAGACAUUCAUUUCCAACAAUAUAUCCACCCCAAAGGCACAACAAUAUUCCCACUGCUCACCCCAGUCUUGCAUGACAAGAAAGAGUUUCCCAAGGCUGACCAGUUUGACCCACAGCACUUCCUGGAUAAGAAUGGGAAAUUCAAGAAAAGUGACCACUUCAUGCCUUUUUCUGCUGGAAAACGGUCUUGUGCUGGAGAGGGCCUGGCGAAGAUGGAGGUGUUUUUGUUCCUUACCACCAUUCUACAGAACUUCACUCUCAAACCAGUUGGAGAUCCAAAUGAAAUUAGAAUAAAGCCCAAUUAUGUUGGAUUCAGCAACGUUCCACCACAUUACCAACUGUGCUUUCUUCCUCACUGAGAAGAACACAAAGUUGAUUUGGUGAAUUAGCAAGCUGGUUCAUCUUCUCUACUGAAUACUCUCAUGUGUUUUUCUGGAAUCCCUUUGAGGGAAAGAAAAAUUCCCACAUCUUGAUUAAAAUGAGUUUUAAAUUUCAGAGACAUGA